AUGCAAAUCAUCAUGGCGGCGAAUACCCCGAUGUUGCUCAAGGCCGGUCUGGUCGAGGGCAAUACGGAAGCCGGCGUGCUUGCCUCGGGUCAGGUUGUCGGAAUGAUCAACGAUCUGCCCAGCUGCAAGGGAACUGAUCGAGAACAUCAUGGAGGACGCGGCCAAGCGUAUCGACGCGCUCGCGGCUCUUCGCUGACGCAGAUUCAUCCGAGUGCGUCUCCCCACUGCGCUUUACGCGGAGUCGGAGGAGGCGCACUCUGCCAUUUCGAGCUAACCGGUCUGCUGGUGACGACCACCCGGCACCUCGAAAUACUGGGAGAUUGCCACCGCGGCCAUCUGUACCGGUGCAACGUGUCGAUCGUCGAUCUUGCCUCGAACGAGUGGGGCCGC